AUGAUUACCGCCGAUCUACUUGACAGCAACUCGUCUCCUCUUCCUCGGUGUCUCCUCCUCCUCCUCCUCCUCCGCAGCCGCUCCAUUGUCCUUGCCGGUCGUUGCGGUGCCGGCAUUGUCAUCGUCGUCAUCGUCGUCGGCCAAGGGUUCGUCCUCGACGUCCGAGUCGUCGGGGCCGGCUUGCCAGUCUUCGUCGUCUUCAGAGUCCUCAGCGUCCUGUGGUGGGAUCCGAGAUACCCUGGUCAGUUCUUCAUUCGAUCAAGUGCUCCGCGAUCUCGUGGAAAAGCCACGCCAGGACUUUUGUCUUCCGAGCAGCUGCCAAGGCAGGGCCCCACCCCACGGUCCCCACCCCACCCCGUCCAGAUCACACCCAGAGCCAAACCCGCCACGGCACUCACAUCACCAACCAAGAAACCCAAACCAGGUCCCGCAUCCCCAUCAUCAUCCGUAUACUCAUCCGAAUCGUAAUCGUCCGAAUCAUCGUCCUCGUCUUCAUCGGCUUCGACGACUGGGGUCGGUUUCUUGGGAGGCGAGGAGGUGGCUUUCGAGCUCGGGGACGCGGGUUCGAUUUUGGGCUCUGA